CCCAUUUAUUAUCGCGCCAUGUUUUCUCCAUACCACAGAUAAAAAAACCACUUCGCCAACCACGUUAAACUCUCAUUAUUCGCUGUUUGUAUCCAAACACAUCUUUAAUAAGUACUUUAAUUUUUACAUGCACAAAAAAGAUACAUAGUGUAGAGAGAGGGAGAGAGAGUUGAAGGCUGUGAAAGUGGGCGAGACAUGGCGAGCGGAUGGAUGAAGUCACUGCAGUGCAAGUCAAAGGCAUUUGACGACGUCGUCAGCCACCACCACCAAAACCCUGAAGACCACCACAACCGCCGCCGCCGCCGCCACCACAACCACGACGACCACCACCGCUCCUUAUCCAACUCAUCCAGCUGCAGAAACAGCUACCAAAAUCUCAAAGACAUAGUGGAAACCAACAAGAAAUUACCCAAACCCAAACCCAAGAAGCCGAAGCCGCCAAACCACCACCCGUCGCCGCCGCCGUUCAAGCGGCCCGUUUCAAGAAAACCGGAACCCGGUCCGCCCGCCGUCGCGGCCCGGUCCAGCAGCGUGGACUCGUUCUUCCCGUCGCUGACGGAGCUCCCCAAAGACCACCCCUCGCGCAAUGUCGUGGAAAUCAUCUUCCACACAAGCUGGGGGGAGAAGAAUUUCUCGGGUCAGAUUGAGAUGGUUUUCAAGGUCCAGACCCUGACCCGGACCCUCACACGGUUCGAGGAGUAUCGCGACGCCGUCAGGCACCGCGCCGGCUGCGCGGCGGCGGGCGACGCCGGCGAGGACCACGCGCGCUGCAUUGCGGACGGCAACGAGGUCAUGAGGUUCUAUUGCCUCGGCGCCACCGCGGCAGGAGGCGCGUACGAGACCUGCGGAGGCGCGUGGGCGUUCCAGGGGUGCAAGAGGGCCGCCGUGUGUACAUAUUCCGGCAGCGGCGCGGCCCACGAGAGCGCGGGCGGCGGGAGGGGGAGGCGGGCCAUGCUGGUGUGCCGGGUCAUAGCGGGUCGGGUUUUUAAGGGUCUCGGGCUGGACUCGUUGAUUCAGGAGCGGGUCGGGUACGACUCGGUGGGUGGUGAGAAUGGCGAGCUGCUCGUGUUUGACACGCGCGCGUUGCUGCCGUGCUUUCUUAUCAUUUACAAAUUGUAAAAUUAUAUUGGAGUAAGAAGAUUUCGAACGUUUAUCAACACCAAUUUUCUAUUUACUUUUUUUAUUCUACUUUGGUUUUGUAAUUCGAAUUCAGCAGCUUAAUUUCCUCAUAGUUUUUCUUGAGUUGUAAUUACAGAAAAUUGGGUUGAUAAAUGUUCUCUACAUCUUCUUAUAGAAAGAUAAGCCAAUUGCGUUA